AUGGAUUCCUUCGGCUUCGAUUUCGCCGGCGGCGACCUGCUGGACUUGGGCUCGCUCGGCUCUUGGACUAACAGCACGCCCAUGGGCAAUUCGCCCAAUGGCGGCAGUGGCGGCGCCCUACCUUUCAGUGUGGGUACUCCCACGGGCGUACAGAGUCUGGGAGAUGACCCUUUCGCCUCCAUGCCCAGCGGUGGCGACAACGACUUCAGCUUCGGCGACUCGCCCAAGCCUUCGCCUAACACGCAGAACCAGAAACCAGGAGACAACGCAGCGCCCACAUCAGCGUCUUCGUCAGCGCCCACGUCCUCUGCGCCGCCUACGAGCUCGUCUGGGGACAUGGCGUCGAACUACUUCGGCUCGGAGCUCGAAGCGAGUGGCGCGCCCUCGUCAUCCACCACCGGAACGACAUCCUCUGUCGUGACGACUGACGCGUCCACCACGUCAGAUGAUAAGGCCAAAAACACCGAGACAGACUCGCAGACCAAGAAGGAGUCCAGCAGUGCUCCAGCGUCGACGUCACAGUCUUCCUCAACGUCCAACGCGACGUCAUCGACUACGACGAGCGCCGCGCCGUCGUCUGCGCCGCACAAGUCGGAGACUUCGAGCUCCAGUACAGCCACGUCCACUGCGUCAUCUACGGCCUCUUCUGCGCCGUCUUCUGCGACAACGACGCAGUCUAGUAGCGGAGCCGCUUCUUCAGCGCCUGUAAGCAGCAACACGUCGAGUAGUAGUGCUACGACGUCCGCACCGUCCACUACGUCGUCCGCUCGACCGCAUAUUGGCAACCAACAACAGCAGCAACAGCAGAUGCAGAUGCAACAGCAGCAGCAACAGCGUCAAUACGCCAACCAGAUGAUGAUGAACCAGCAGAACGGUCAGCCGCAGCAGUUCGCUGGCCAGUCGUAUCAACAGCAAAUGCACGCGGGUCAAAUGUCCGGUGGAGUGAGUGGAGCGCCGCCUACUAGCGCUGGUGGUCAGUACAUGGGAGGCCAACCAGGACAAGCGUACCGUCCGCCGACCUCGUCCUACGAAGAAGAGUUUGCGCGCGUAAAGGCCAUGAUGAUGCAGCAUCCAGACUUGAUUCCUCCACCGAUGGAGGUGCUUCGUAUCUCGAUGAGUCAAAGCGCUGCCACACAGCAGAGUAUGAUGGGUGGGAAUGCGUAUGUGCAACGUGGCAACCCAGCGAUGAACCGUGGAGGAGCUCCAGGCAACGCGGCGUAUGCGCAGUAUGGCAAUCCGAACAUGAUGAUGGGCAAUGCUCAACAGAACGCGCAGCAGGCCGGUAUGAUGAACGCAGCAAGGAUGCGAGCAGCUCAAAUGGCACAGCAACAGGCUCAACAGCGCGCUGCGGCGGGCCGGACACCUGGUGGUAGCAACGAUACGCAGACGGCAUGGCAGUCGGAGAACGAUCUCCCUCUACGUCGGAAGAUGAUCGGCAAAAUUGUUAGUUUGUUGCAGCAACGGAAACCAGACGCACCUGCCGAGUGGAUCCGACGGUUGCCGGACAUGGCGAGGAGACUAGAGGAUUCUCUGUACCGGACAGCGAAGAACCGGGACGAGUAUGGCGAUUUCUCAUCUCUGAAGACGCGACUGCAACAUUUGGCUGUGACGAUGGGUGCAAGGGCGCAGCACAAGGCUGGAGGCAACCCUCGUGGAGCAGGUUCUGGCGGUGUACCGGGUUGUGGGACGGGAAACUCCGGCAACGCGUCGAUGAUGGCUGGUAAUGGGCCUUCUGGCAUGAGUAUGAACCCGGGAGCUGGCGGCAUGCCGCAAGGCAACGUAGUAGGCAACAUGCCAUACGGCAACCGGAUGACGCAGCAGCAGCUAAUGCAGCAGCAACAUUUGCAGAUGCAGAUGCAGCAGAACCCGCAGAUGAGACAGCAGCUCACGCCACAGCAGCUGCAACAAUUCCAGGAAGCACAACUGCAACGGCGGCAGCUUCAAAUGCAACAGGCACAGCAACAAGCUCAGAUGCAGCGUCAAAACUCGCUCCAACAGCAGCAGUACCAGCAGAACCAAGCUCUUCAACGUCAAAACUCGAUGCGACAAAUGCAGCAGCAGCAAAUGCAGCAGCAGAUGCAACAGCGACAGAACCCGAACUACAUGCAACAGCAGCAGCAACAAGCCCAGGCUCAGGCUCAAGCUCAAGCUCGCGCACAAGCUCAAGCUCAAGCCCAGCGGAAUGGCGCGGCCAAUGGUGGCGCCAACCAACAACGUAUGAGUGGAGAUAUGAGUCUUGGCGAGUCUUCGGACUUCCUGAACUUGGAUCUGUCGUCGUCGCUGCUGGGAUCUGAUGACCUUCAAGGUGACGGCAGCUCGGGGCUCUCCGGAGGCGAUGCAAUGAAGAACGGAAGCAGCGACUCGGCGCACAUGUCGGGCCAGAAGCGAACGCUCUCACAGUCUCAGCAGCAGAUGGCCGCAGCAGCAAAUGCUGCAGCUUUCAAGCGUACAAAAGUAGGAGCUGCCGGCCAGGCUGGCAGUCAGCCGGGUGCUGCCCCGAACCAGCAGCAUCCGGGCGCUGCAACGUCGGGACCUCAAGCCUCCCAGCCGUCUCAGACACCGAUGCAGAAGCCAGUGACAAGUACUAGUGGCUCUUCAAAGACUCCACCAAUGAGUACAGUGAAUGCCAAGUAAAUUCUUCCCAAUAUGAGCGAUGGUCGACAGUCAAGCAACGCCGCAUUGUGGGAUUUUGGGGAGCGAACGGAACACCGCGGAUGCCUUGUUGGCGAAAUUUGGGCCACGGGAAGUCAAGAGGGAAGUGGCAGGGCGCCCUUUAUUCUCCUCCUGUGGUGCGUAGCGAAGGAAGCUGAGCUGCCCUUACGUGUUAGGGGUGGUGUCUCAUCGAGCGAGUAGAUGGAGUGGGGUUCCAGAUUUUUUUUUCGGGAAACCUUCUCACGUUCGACGUGCAUCAUCAAGGACAGUGAAGCCACUUCGAGCGGUGGCGUAGGACAUUGUGAGUCGAACCCCUUUGUCGGCACGGGCGCGGGGAGCCGACGAGGCUUGGGAAAAUGAAUCUG